CACCUCUCGUGGAAAAUCUGUGUAUUUGUGCCAAUGACUUCUCAGUCUUCCUUGACAGAACCACUUGUAUUGAUGGUAAGCACAGCCAUCACAUGUACACAAUUGCCCAGGGUGAUUAUGUCAUGAAGUGUAGUGAGUUUCAUGCAUAUAACUUGAAUAGGAACUGAUAUACGAGAGUGUCAUUUCCAUAAACUGAUAUGUUGUGUUUCAUGAAUUGUUAUAUGAACUAUUGAGCUUUAACUGGGGAUGUGAUAGGUGGAGGUAUUCUUUUACUCAUAGUAAUUCUUUCCCACACACAUAAACACUUCCCUUAGAUUCUUACACUCCUAUUUCCUCAGCACAAGCAUAAACAAUUACCCUUUAAGGGGUGGUGUCAAGACACUUAGGGUCGAUAUCAGAAGAACAAUCCGACCUGGGGACAUUUGUGGUCCCCUUCCCAGAUGGGGAAUCUAGGCUGGUGUAGGAGUCACCAUGAUAUUGAAUUUUGAGUGAAGGUUGUGUGUGUAAUUAGGAGGAAAAGAGUUGUGUUUAGAGGGCAGGGUGUGACUGCCCCCUUGUAUUGUGAGACAAAGAGAAACGUUCAGUGUGGUCACAGGUGGGUGAAAUGAUAAGUUCACAGCAUCCUCUGAUCUAGUGCUUUAGACCUCACUGGGAGUAAUUAUAAUUUUGGCAGGUGCCUACUACUUCCUCUCCUAUUGUGUGUGUGUGUGUGUGUGUGUUGCCUUGUUUUUCAUUUACCAAUCCUUCAGGCUGACAUAUACUGCAUGCAGUAUAUGUAUAUCUGUUUUUUGUUCUUAUAGCUUUUAAGGCCCGGCUCACCCUCUGAAAUAUUAAAAAAUAUAAAAAAAUUCAAAAUUGAGAUUAUACCGGAUUUGAAGUGUACAUGUAUGUGGGCAAAUAUAGGAACGCGUAUUUAAAUGGCUGGAAAAUUUUUAUGCGCCCCACGUGUUGGUUUAAAGAUCCGAGGGGCGUAACCAUUUAAAGGGCUCGCACGAGUAUGGGCCUUGUUUCGCUGUAAAUAAAGCUAAUUUUUCCUCGUUUUCUUCUGCGUUUGUGUGAGUAAUUCUAGACAUACAUACGGCAAUACCAGCAUGGUGCGCAUCUUGCUGUUUCCCCCUCAAUGAGUAACUUAGUCACCUCAAAAGUCAGUUAGCGAAUGUUAUGUGCUGCUCGCCAUGGUUCCCCUUGCUAAUAAAAGCAUUUGUGCUACAUUAGCUGGCUUGUUUAUUGUUAGAACCCUUCUAACAUUCGCAUAUAAACACCAUGCCACUAACUAAGAAGAAGAGGAGUAGUCAGCUUCAACCUGGGAUCUGCAGCUGUAGGGAUGGUGGUGGGAGAAAGCGGGAUGGAGGCCGUGGAAAUAAGGAAGAGGAUGGAUAGGAAGAGAUUAGCUGGAUUACAAACAGAGACUAAGAAGAAAGAAGAGAUAAAAGAAAGGAAAAUAGGGAAAGUGCAGGAGGAAGAGGAGAAGAAAGCAGCCGAAGGUGAAACAUAUGGCCCCGGGAUUGGGGCAAUGGAUGUGUAGUACGUACACUACACCUGUUUGGUGAGCAUUGCCAUUGAGAAGUCACUCAUUGCUGGUAAAACAAAACCUUUCUCUAAGGACUUGGGAAUGUGAAGACACCCCAGCAGUGAGGCAUUUUGCUGGUAAAAGCGAAAGAAGGUGAAGAACAAGGCACCUGGACACACCAGGGUUAGUCGGUAGUGUUUUUAUUUUUUUAUUUAUUUUUUUUAUAUUGGAAUUAUACAUUGAUUUGUUGUAUAUAUUAUCAAUAUGUGUCAAAGAGCUUUACAUGUGAAAAUAAAGCCAAUCAUGAAAUAAAUAGCUAAGUUGCAUUGUACUGAAAUCUUUAAACGGCUGUAUCUCAAAACUAAAAAUGUUGACUUUCAAAAAAUUAUCAAACAUUUAAAAAUGGUUGAAACUUCCUGUAACUUUUCAUGUUGAUACAUAUUGGUUGUCCCUUCAUCGUGUAAGUUCGUUUUUUUCGAUGAAGUGAAAAACUUGAGAGUAAAAAAAAUUUAUCGACAAAAAAUCGCGAUCGGCGCGACGUCACGCAAAACGUGCUUAUUACGGUCUCGAUAACUUGGUACAUAUUGGGAAUAAAUAAAAAGCAAACUUACACACUCUUUGUAUACUAUUUGAGUAUUUCCAUGUAGAAGUAGGUAUCUAUGACAAAAAAUAACACCAGAAAAAGCUUCAAUGUAAAAAAAAAACGUUAUGACGUCAUAUGAUCAGCCAGCAUGACGUAUCACAUUCUCCUGCCCACAUAAAGUCGACAAUCAGAUAGACAUUAUACCCUGAAAGUUUUAAGUUGAAAGGCUUUAUACUUUUUUUUUUAUUAAUUUUUUUUUUGUGUCAGAGGGUGAGCCGGGCCUUAAGUUUUGAAAAUGCAACUGUUUCUAUAAAGAUUUUAAUCUAUCUUAUGUCCAUUGCUGUGCCCUCUUUAGGUGUUGUUGUUCUACAUAUAUACAUGCAUACAUACAUAAACCUAUCUUCUAAUUUGUCGAUUUGAGAUUCCAUAGUGUAAGUAAUGUAAAAAAAAUAUAAAUAAAACUCGCUUAAGAUAAAAAACACAAUGGAAAAUAUUAUAAAAAUAUAAAAUAUACAAAAAAGGGGCUUGAAACAUUGAAAACUAAGGGAAAAAUCGUGAAACUCCUUAGAAAACAAGAAAAUACAUCAGCUGAUGAAUCAGAACCCAAAUCCUUCUCAGGGUUCCUAUUGAACGGACAUGUUUAGUGAGCAGUGACCUGAUGCUAAUAUAGCUGGCUAGUGUAGACAUGGUGCCUUGUGUUGCUGAGUUGUCUGGUUGUGUUAGUUCUCUUGUUCUUGAGACCUUCGUUGUGAAGGUCUCAGAGGUGGAGGCUGAGUUCCAUCGAAGGAUCUCGGAGGUGCAGGCUGAGUUUCGUGAGAGGAUCUCAGACCUGCAGGCCGAGUUCUGUGAGAGGAUCUCAGCACCUGUGGGAGGGUCGUGCUCCACCGUCACCUUACCUAGUAAGGCGAUGGAGGAGCAGUGGUCGGUUGUGUGCAGGGGAGCCAAGAGGGUGAAGGUCCUCAGGGCGCCUUUUGUGGAGAUGAAGAAUCCCUUCAGUGUGCUGGAGGAAGUGAAGGAGAUGGAGGUGGACAUGGCGGGAGGAGGCAGGAAGGAGGUGGCAGAUGCAGUUACCCUGUCCCAAGCUUCUCCCUGCAUCGAGCACCGCCGAGCAGCACCAGAGAGGCACGAGUAUGUAAGCUGCUGGAUGGGCUCUUGAAGAUGCUAUACCAUUGAGCAGGAUGACAUUAUAGUCUGAAGGAAUAUGAUUAUAGUGAUGCCCAGAAUAAAGUGUUGAUUGAGUAUGAUGAUUUGGUACUACUAACACCAAAGAAGUGUGGGAAAUGGAGUUGAAGCCCUUUGGAUUAAGCGUACAAGACAGACAACAGAGACCAGACUACUACUGUAGGUGUGGUUAAAGAGACAAGAGGAGGAGGGGAGAUUCUCAGAGAUGUACCAAAGAAGUGUUUAAGGAAUUAGUGCCGUGUCUUCGUUAAGGGUACCGCUUGGCUCGUGAGGGGAUGCAGCCUUGCGGCCCUCUGUGCUGAGACGCUGCUGUCAACUGAAACCACUGUUCAGCAAGAUCAGAUUGACCAGACUGUGAUUUCAGGAAUCAGUCGUGCAGUGCUGUCCGUAAGUGCUAUGGUCCAAUAUAAAUUACCAUGUAGCUGUACUUCGAUAAAUGUUAAUUACCAUGCAGUUAUAUUUGAAAUUCUUGCGAGGGAGGAUAGGAACAAGACUAAUAUGUGCUACUGAUAACUAAUGUGUUUUUUCUCCCGUUCUCGGUGACCCUGCUCCCAUCGUGGUACUCCCACCGUGGCGUGUCCGAGGCGUGCUGCUCCCCCACCGGCUCAAUCCCAGGCCUACUGAUUACUUCUAUAAACUUCAUGUGUUCCCAGCGUGUCAGACUCUGUUGACUUGCAGUGUUGCGAGUAACGAGCUUCCUAGUGUUCAAAGUCUCAAGACUCCAUUUUUUUUUUUUUUUUUUUUUGGUACAAAGUUGUGUAGUUGUUCUUUGAGGUAUAAUAGCAAACUGGUGUUUGGAGUAUAUUCGGGAUGCAUCCCUGCUUAUGUACAAGUAAAAAAAAAUUAAAUCUUUGGGGGUACGAAGUUGUGCGGUUGUUCCCCGGAGAGUCUUUGAAGGGGCGGUACGAAAUUGUGCAGUUGUUCCCCGGAGAGUCUUGGAGGUUUUGGAGUGUAUUCGUGAUGCAUCCCGGUUUAUGUACACGUAAAAUUGGUUUCGGUAUUUCUCCUUGCACCUGUUUCUUGUUAGGAAGACCAAAUCAUUAUUAGUAUUUACAAUUUAUUGUUGUUAAAUUCAUCUUCGGUACAAUCAGACCCUCCCUGCUCCCAGAGAAAGAUCCCCCUUCCCCCGGUCACAGCAGGCUUUCACGUUUAUCACUGGCACGUGCUCCCGAGCAUGAGCCUGGUGACACAUGUUACGACUUACACACGCAUCUACGUGCCAACCCCCUCGCCCCUCAAUUUAGUUUUCCGGAGAGUCUUUGAGGAACAUUGAAUAAUUGAUAUUCUUGCUUUACAGUUAAGUUCACCCUCGGUACAAUCAGAGACUCACCCUUCUCCCCCACCCCUACUGCCAGAGGAAAAUUCCAGGGAUUUCCUAAUCACAGCAGGCUCUCACGUUUAUCAUGGGUACGUGCUCCCGAGUACGAGCCUGCUGACACUCAUGUGCUACGACUUGCUGUACGUGCCAACUACACAUCUACGUGCCAAUCCCAUGAGAACCCCCUCCCCCCUCAAUUUAGAGACCCGAGUUUACACAGGCUCAGACAGGGCUCCCCAAGGGAGUCGCCACCCCAAAAUUUAUCAGAGGAAGGCAGGACCCCCAAAGUCAAAGCGAGACUGCUCGCCCCGCCCCCUUUUAAAGCAAAGCGAGACCCUCCCCCCCCCACUUUAUAUUUCACAAGGAGAGGCUCACGUGAGAAUCUGACUACACAGGGCUAUACUACUACACCAUCUACUUGGAUAUUAAUCAUACGUGAAACCACCAACUCGCACCAAACUCGCAAUUCAUUGAAUUCGACUCAACAGUAAUAGUGAACAUUAAUAGUGCAGCAGAAGAACGGGCGUAGUAGUGUAGUGUACACAACUGUGUUGGUAUCACACUAGGUGUACAUUAUUAAAUUACUGCGAUGUCGGUAUCAGUAGUAGAUCCAAAACAUGGCAUCGGAUAAGUUGCCUCACGGAGAUCAUCUCCUGGAGAAUCGCUGCCGCUAACUAUCUUGCUUCUCGGACAUCAUCUUGAAGAAUCGCCGCCGCCAUUUAUCUUGCCUCAUGGUGAUCAUCCUGGGUAUAUGGAGAACCGCUAUUGAUAUUGCUACUAUAAAUAACAUACUAUAAGUAAAUAUUAUUAAAAUAAUCUGCGGAAAUUUAUCUUUAAGUAAAUAUUAUUAAUAAUCUACGGAAAUUUAUCUAAGUAAAUAUUAUUAAUAAUCUACGGAAAUUUAUCUCUAAUCAAAUUACUAUUACUCUCAUAAUACUACUGUCAUAAUACCGCAAGAAUUAUUACUGCAUUGUAAGUCUAGCCUCUAUCCUGUCUUAUUUUUUCGUGUUUGUAUUUGUUUCGUGUGUAUUUGCAAACAAAUGUCAAAUCUUUUCCUUCCUGUUCAGCUUAUUGAUAAAAUAUUUGACUGAGAACAAAUAACGAAACAAAAAUAAGAAGGAAAGACAGACAAAGAGAAGGAAAGAAAAGACAAAGCGAAAAUUUUCCUCUAUUGCAGGUUGUCCAGUCCAGUUCUUAGGAAGCCUUCCAUAUGUCCCUGGUGAGCUGCCACAGUGCUUUAUUUGUGCAGCUUCUUUGUCUCUCAUCUCAUCCUGAAACAUAGAGAAAAGCUUAGGAUGACGAUUACUGUGGCUUUCAAGCGUGGUUGUUGUGGUUUCUGUCAGAGUUUAACAAGGAUUCUGCACCUUUAAUGGGCUCUAGAUGAUGUCGCCUCCAGCAACGUAUUGGCAAGGAAGAGUUGGAAGAGAAGCAGGACAUGGGAUUUCAUAGCAAAGAAAGAAAUUACUUAUACGAAGGUACUAUAUUUCUUUUACCAUGUUCGUGCAUCUUUAGGGAAGGAGAGGACGUGAGAGCUGAUAUGCAGGUGUUGUUGCUACACUUCUCAUCUGAAAUAUAACGAAAAUAAAGCUUAUUAGAUAUAUUUAUAAUUAUAUAGUAUAAUAAUAGUAUAAUCACAAAUAAAUGUAAUCAAAGAUAACGACAGGGAAGACAAAUAAAACUACAUGUAUCUUCUCUAAACAAGUACUACUUAUGUACACUGCGGUACUCCACCAUGGGGUACUGAUGUGUGUGUGUGUGUGUGUGUGUCCACUACCUCCACUUGAGUAAUUUUAAGAAGGAAACAUGCUGUAGAAUGUGCAUUUUCCAAAUCUUGUCUAAAUCACUUUAAUCUGAAAUCAGUUGCUGUUCAUAUUGACAUUGAUAGAUUGUCACUGGAACCACAAAACGUAAUCUUCGACCAUAAGAAGAAGCAAGAGGCCAGAUAGCUACAUAUCUAGUUUAUUGCUCAAGCCAGUAUGUUAACUUUUUCGAAGAGCUAACUACAAGGAAAGACACGAAUGGAUUUACGCAAAAUAUUGGAGUGGCUAGUUCUUCACUGGAUAUAUACUAUACUGAUUUUCUAACUCUAUAAAGGUAGAUGUGUCGAAGAGUUUCAGCUGAAUUCGAGAAAAGUUAAAUGCAGUGACAGGACGGGGAAGGCCGACCAGAAUCCUCUUGAGCCUCGGUGAUCAUCCUGGCCUGAUCGGUAGGGAGCCAAACUCGUUUUUAUGAGUGUACUUACUGAAAGAGGUUCCAUUCCCGGCGAAAGACUCUGAUCCUCAGCGAAAGCUUCUUAGGGUAAAUUUAUCCCAUCUUCAUAUACACACAUGCUCCAAGGCAGGGCAUCACCCAACCGUUGUCACCUGUACUCGUGAUACUUCUAUCAGUUGUAUUUGUCACUUGCUGCUAGUGUUGACUAAGUCCCGGUUCACUUGCUUUUGGAGUGACAACAUGACUAAGGCCUGGCGUCCCUUGUUGCGGCAGUGACGCCAUGACUAAAGCCUGGAACAUGAUGCAUCGCCUCCAAAGAUGAGGAAGAAAAAAGGUUGCUUCGUGUUUGUUGUUGCUGCUGAAGAAGCGUCUGUGUGUUUAAAUUAUUUUUUUUCUGUUUUUGCAAAGGAUAAAAAAAGCUUACUGCUGGAUCAACAGUACAAAUUUUCCCUUUUCGAAAGUAAUACGACUUUUCUUUAUCAUUAACAUUGUGAUGUAUAGGUACAGAAAGAUGAAAGUCAGAUCUUACAGCUAGAUACACUUGUCUGUGCGUUGCUACAUGAUUGGUUCGAAAAGCAAGAUUAUUUCAAACAACAGUAAAUCGAAUUAUCUUUUAUUAUAGCUGAGGAUUAAGCUUUGUGGUUCCAAUGUCAACUUAACCAUGUCAAUAACACCUGAUUUUCAACUGAAGCGAUUUAAGUAAAAUUUUGAAGCAUGGGCCUCGUACUGCUGGUAAGGCUGUUCAGGGGUUGGGUCGCGCGCCACAGUCAACGUCGUACUCAAACUUGCAUUCUUUGGAGAGGGCAUCGUAAAGGGUGCCGGGUGGACAAGAGAACUGCCACGCCACUCCGUUGGAACAU